CUGUGGUAUUCAUGACAAGACCGAUGGUUGCUAGAUAGAAACAAAGUUGGAUUUUGAAACACGAAAGUUACAAAUCCUAAAUAAAAUAAUUAAAUACACAUGCGGUAAACUGCAACAUAAGUGGGUCAGUACUUCCUGCCGCGUCGUUUUGUGUUUUUGCCUUACAACAUAAAGAAGAGUAUUGGGCCAAUUUUGUGUUACCUUGAAAUUUAAUAAACAAGCAUUCGGUUUAUCUGUCGUAAUUAAUGUGAUGUGAUGAACAGCGUACAAAACAAAACUUAAGUUAGCGAUAUCGUUCACAAAAUGAGAUCAGGAGCCAAAAAUACUUUGCUUAAGGUGGUCAUUUUGGGUGACGGUGGAGUAGGCAAAAGUUGCUUAAUGAACAGAUUUGUAUCGAAUCAGUUCGACGAGCAUUCCUUCCAUACUAUUGGCGUCGAAUUUCUGAACAAAGAUAUUGAAAUUGAUGGCGAAACUUACACCUUGCAGAUUUGGGACACGGCAGGACAGGAGCGUUUCAAAACUUUGAGGACUCCAUUUUACCGGGGCAGCGACAUUUGUAUGCUCACAUACGCGAUAGACGAUAAGUUGAGCUUCAAAAAUGUAGAUAUGUGGAAGAAGGAAUUCUUAUAUUAUGCCGAUGUCAAAGAAACUAGCCAUUUUCCUUUCAUAGUGGUUGGAAACAAGUCUGACGUAACCGGCGACGAACGCGAAGUGUCCCAACUCGAAAUGGAAACUUGGUGCAACGAAAACGGUAUAACUUCGUGCAUUGAAACAUCGGCAAAAAAUGCAAGCAAUGUCCACGAAGCAUUUAAAAUGGCGGUUCAGCACUGGUUACGGAUAGAAUCGCGGGCUGAUAAAAAUACCACCAUUGUUAACGAUACAGUGGAUUUGACGAAAAGGCAAAAUCAAAACAGAAAUUCCUGCUGCAUGGGAGGCACUGAUGAGCAAUAGCUACUUUCGUACAGGAAUUGAACGAUACUGGCAUUAUAGAAGAGUAAGUUUGGUUGUUAGUCUGCACAACGCGCAUUUUGUGGUAACAAAUAAGUAGAAUUCGGUCUUUUUGUGUUUAUUUCAAUUUUUACACUGUAGUGUCACGAUACAGGUAACAUAUGGUAAAACGUGUUAAAGCAGGUUGUUAUCAGAGGGCGACUUACUUAAGGCUGAAAUUGUAAUUGGAACAUUCCAAUACAAGAAUAAAGUGCCGAAUUAUCCUCCUCCGCAUUCCCAAGUAUUUUUAAUAGUAUUGUAUCCAACCUGCCUGUUUUCCAAGGUUAUAUAGUAUUAAAUUCCCUCGUUGGAUCAUCUUUAUUUAUUUUAUAACUGAUAACUGAGAUAUUAAUUUUGUUAGAUCUCAAGUGUACUCUAUACCAAAUUUUAGAGUUCCUUAAUAUUGCUUUGGCGUGCAAGCUAA